AUGUUCCUUCUCUUCGUGGAUGACUUGCCCUCCCGGUUAAACUUGCCUUGUCUGCUCUACGCGGAUGACGUGAAACUGUGGCGAGUCACGAGAAAACCGGAGGACCACCAUGCCCUCCAAUUGGAUUUGGAUAAGUUACUCCACUGGGAAUUUGCAGUGAAUUCGUCGAAAUGCGCACAUAUGCGCCUGGGACGAGAGACACUGGACAUUCCUUAUCAACUGAACAACGUCUCGCUGCGUUCGACGGCAACUGAGCGGGAUUUGUGA